AUGACAGAAAUCGCAAUGGUGGCGGAGUCUUCCAAGCAGUUAGAUCUGAUCUCGUCUGCACUGAAGAACCUGAUUUUAUCAAUGACUGUGAAAUAAUCUGGACAUCCCUUAAGUUAAGCAAUUGCAAAACAUUGUAUCUGUCAGCAUUCUAUAGACCUCCCAACUCAAUCACAGAGGUACUGGACAAAUUCCACGAUUCUAUCAGUCGAGUAUUUGACAAAAGUCUCACCCAUCCCAACGUAAUUAUUGGAGGAGAUUUUAAUCUUGGUGACAUUGAUUGGGCAUCAGAUGAACCGGCUCCUCGUAUCUCAAAUUCUGCCUCACAGCAUAAUAAAUUCCUACACCUGAUUGAAGAUUUCUCGUUAUCUCAACACAUCAAAUCUACUACUAGACCUGCCUCUGACAAAAUUCUGGAUUUAUUAUUAUCUACAUAUCCAAACUCUGUCCUUAACCCUACAACUGUCUCGGGCAUCAGCGACCAUCUUGCUGUUGUAUUCGAAGUAAAUUUGAAACCAUCACGAGUAGUUAAACCCCCAAAAGGCAUGUGGUCCAGAUGAGAUCCCAGCCAGAGUUCUGAAGGAAAUUUCUCAGUCUGUAUCAUCGUGGCUUGCCUUUAUUUUCCAGAAAUCUUUCGAUCACAAUGCAAUUCCAACUGAUUGGUCACAAGCUCUUGUCACUGCUGUAUUACAAAAUAGUAGUAAGUCCAAUCCAGCAAAUUAUCGGCCAAUCUCGUUAACAUGUAUUUGGUGUAAAAUUAUGGAACACAUUGUGCUCAGCCACAUGGCAAAACAUCUUUCUGCAAAUAAUAUCCUAAUUGCUGAACAACAUGGUUUUAGGAAAAAUCGCUCAUGUGAAACUCAAUUAAUCUCGACGAUUCAUGACUGGGGAAAAUCUAUCAACUUGAGGAAUCAAACUGAUGUGAUUCUGUUAGAUUUUAAGAAAGCAUUUGACUCCGUACCGCACGAGCAUCUCUUGACGAAGCUCGACUACUAUGGAAUCAAAGGGAAUACACGUACAUGGAUAAAAGCAUUCAUUACAAAGCUAAUUCCACCCUUGGCCUACUUAAACGCAUCUUAG